CCUAAAAUCAAAACCGAAACACCCAGCCCUCGUCGUUUCUACUCCUCGCGGUGGCUUCUCAGCCGAAACCCAGAAGCACCCCCUAAACGCCCUUGCAAACGGAGUUGCUGGCAUACUGAAAAUUUGAGAGUCCAAAAGGAAAACUCGAGUGACAGAGAACUGAAGCAUCGAUUUGUGGUUCUGAUCUCCACGAUUUUCAGAUCCAAAAGGAAGCAUCUCCCUAUAACCAGCCUAACCUAGGAGCUUGGUUUUGAUUCAAGCUUUCCGAUGGUAAUUGGACGAUUCCUUCAACGCCCACCAUCAAUUGAAAUCUGAAUCUGAUCAGGUCUGUCAGAAAAUCAUCCCGUACGCAACGGAGUGGAUGCAAGUUUCUUGAAUGCGCCUUUGAUUGAGGCCCACUAUCCUUGUUUGAACAACUUCACAGUCACAGUGACUGACUCACCAAUCGUAAAUUUCAGCUCAGCCAUUGCCUUCUUUUUCACGACAAUGGAAUUCGUUGCUGAACAAGGCAAACACGCCCAUGGUGGCUCUUCCACUCUGAUCCUGCCAGCUUUGUCAAUUGGAAAUGUGGGGCAGCUUGCAGUGGACCUUCUAGUUGCAUCAAUGAAAGCAGAGAGAGUUGGGUAUUUGGACACUCCAUUUGUGGUUCCUUGUGUCGGCAAUGAUGCCUAUGGGCCUGUUCCUAAUGGGGAGCUUGCUCUCCCUCUCGAAGCUUAUGAUUCAUCUUCCAAUGCAAUGUCUCUAAUCCAACAAAGGUCCCCUGUUGUAAAGGGAAGGAUGAUUGAAUUUGCUAAAUGUGUGGCUGAUUAUGUUGCUGCUAGUGGAAAGAAGAAUGUUGUUGUGCUCUCGAGCUUGGAUUUUGGGAGGUGGCAGAGAGUUGAUACGUCAAGUGGUUUGCAGAUGCAUUACCUGUCUAGCACCAAUUCAGAUGGAACAGAUGAUUAUUGUGAACAGCUUGGGUGGAAAAGUCUGCAGGAAUAUAACCCCACUCAGAAGGCCUGGAAGUAUCUCAAUACAUUAGCUGAGGGCAAUGCUGUGCCGGAGGACAUCUUGCCCUUUGAAGGCGAACUAGAAGAAGAAGAAUAUUACUACCCGAGCUUGCCAUUCGCGGCACUUUUUUCUUGUCUCAAGGCCAAAGGAUUGAAGGUUACCUGCUUAUUAUGCUACUGCUCAGAAGGAGACAACAUACCUGAUGCUUUCCAUUUGGCCGAGGCAGCAUGCAAACUUCUGCAAUUAAAUCCCAGUAAUUUCCAUGGCAACAAUGAUAAAUGGGUCAUUCCAUGUUCUUGGAAGACUCUGUAUGGACCACCGGCCGAUAUGUCCCUGUUUUAGGUAGUUUCCUUUGACCUGGGCAUCUACAACACUGCAACGAUGGGGUACCAACUUGUUUCGGCUCCCUUUUUCUGAGGCUCUUUUAAAAGUUUUCUUGGUAAAGAAAAGGAUAUGGGGUAAACUGCCAUUUCCCCCUGAAUCAUCACUUCAUUGUCAAUUUCCCCCUCGAACUAUUUUUUCAGUCUAAUUCUUAUCUGAAAUGAUUUAUAAGUUUGAUAUUCUUAUUUUGCA